AUGGAAGGUGAUAUAGAAAUAUUGGCGGAUUUGCUCCUCGCAUGUCUUUCCCUUUCCCCAUUGGAAGAGCAAGAAGGGAAUCUAGUUGCAACAUACAAGAGUUCCAUCAGGGAUCAUCUCGUGGAAAUUCUGAGCAAUUUUUCCGGAGAAUCUCUUCAGACAGUUCAUGAGAGCUCUAGCUAUCAAUUUUGUGACAUGUGGACUUAUAUUGACUCUGAACUAGCUCAGCGGUUUGAGUUGUCAACAACAGAUCUCCAUUUCACCAUGAAUGAUCUUGACUCGUGGUCAAAACUUCUACUGUGCUCAUCGGGGUCUAUAGAAUAUGCUUUAUGCUUACAAAUCAUCAUAUCACUGUCUAACAUGUCGCUAAUGAAUAAGAUGGCAUUGAAGAAACUCGGAAAACUGAAGUCGAAUUAUCUUGAUAAAUUGCUCAGUUUCAUAGACGGGGAUAGUAUUCUAGUAGUUGAAAAGUCCACAGAGUUGUUCUCAUUGAUCCUCACCGUAUGCUGUGAACCGACGGACAUCUUUCAAUUGUACAAUAAUUUUCAAGCUCGAGCGGCUUCGCAUACUUUGAAUUCAUUAGCCGCUCAAUUAUCGGAUCCGCUAUCACAGAACUACUUGCAAUUUGAGAACUGUUAUAAAACCUUCAAAAUCGAGCCUAACGAAUAUUCACAAUAUACUCUACAACUUUUUAUCGAAUUUAACAAUGUGACUUCGAAUCGUGUCAUGACUAUAGGAAGAGACAUAUAUCUGGAAAUAAAAGAGGGGCAGUUCUGCAUUUCGAAUGAUGAGUUUAUCGUAGCUCUUUUCACGGAAUAUGAAUUUCAAGAAGGGAUACUGUACUCUAUUGCAGUUGUACUGGAUAGUGAUAAUAUAUCUCUAUAUGUUGGCGGUAGCUGUGUGGGUAAGAUUUGUUUAUUUGAGGGUUCUAUGAUGGGAAUUGAACAGUUUGACUUGGGAUCUAUGAUAUGUUCUUUUAAACUUUUUAGGUUUUUCAUAUUCAAUGACAUUUACACAGAGGACUCUAUAAAAAUUCUACAUGCGUUUGGGAGCUUUGUGAAAGCUUCGUUUGCAAAGAAUACUGAUUUACAUGAUGUAAGACCUAUAUUGGCUGACAUGAUGAAUUGUUCAUCAAGGUCCCUCGAGGAGCAAGUAGAAGAGGUGCGAAAGCAAAAUGAAAAAAAUCUGAUCACCGAUUUGAAUCCUUUAGAAGAGUCCUCUUCAGGUGAUCAUCAAAAAGAACAUGCCGUGGAAGGCUUGGUAGAUCAUAUUACAAUGGGAAAGUGCUACAUUUACAGAGGUGCAAACCUGUUGCCGAUGUUUGCUUCCGUUAAUUGCUUCUUAUUUAUUCUUUGCAGCUUAGAGAAUUCAAAAUCUAUGGAUGAUUUAUUCAAUUACCUUUCGCAUCUGAUGACAUUGUUGCGGAACAGCCAUUUACGUAAUUGGUUCCAAAAAGCGUACGGAUUUUCAUUACUCUCUCACAUACUUCUUACAAAAGCGGUUAAAAAAAUGGGUAGAUCGUUACCGAUUCAAUUUUUAAAUUUGUUUCAAGAAUAUUGUGGUUGGGACUUUUCAAAUAUCACGAAAUCUCUCAUUAAUGAUGAAAUUGCGUAUCAGACGCUAGUAUUGAAUAUCGAUCUCUGGUAUUUCCAUAAGGAUAAAAGUUUCGAAAAUGAUGCGGGUUUGGAAAUUAUACGAUUUCUCUUUUUCCAAAUAGCGAGUCUUUUAGAAAACUCCAAAUACCAACAUUAUAACUCUCAGAAAUUAAGAAGACUCAACAUUUUAGGGAGACUUAACAAUACGCAACAUUUGUUUGCUGAAAGGUAUGGUACACCGAAUAUUAUAAAGGAUUUGGAAUCAGAGCUCUCCCAUGUGUAUUAUGGUUUACUAAAAGAUGAUUUUAGUAAAAAAAACAUUCAAUGGCUUUUACAGUUUAGUUAUUUUGAAUUAAAAAAUGGAUUUUCUAGUAACUCAGAAAUUUCUUUAAUUGCCCUCGACAGAUUCUGUAUAGAAAUGUUGAACAAGAAUGAUAUGCGUGCUAUUCGAGUAUUUAGUGAAUCGGUCUCACCAAAAUUUCUGGUUAUGCUUCUAAAUGAAAUUACUGUCAGCAAAGGUAAUCCGAUGAUAGCUUUGAAUAUACUGUUCAAACUGUUACUGAUCAAUAAAUUGGCCUACAAAAAUUUCGCCAAAAGUGGUGGACUUGAGCUCAUCUUCCACAUUCUUCGUGGGGCCGCGCGUUUUUAUGAGGAUAUCAUCUACUUACUGUAUCUUUAUUCUUUUGGUGACUAUAAUCUUGAUCCAGACUUAAAAGUUUCGGAAGAAUUUCAAAAUGAAGCUGUACCAGAAAACAAUAUAAUUGUCAUGAGAGAAGCAUUUCUCCUAGCAGUCGAACUUUUGGAGUGGGCUGUAAUAAAUGACAUAAAAGAAUCAUUCCCUCUCGAUCUUGAGAGUUUUAUUUGCAUAUUCCUAAAAAAAGUAUCGAUCCUUUUGAGAAACGCUAAAAAUUUCUCUCCAUUAAGUCCAUGCAGUAGUGCACUUUUUCGGCUUUUACAAGAUCUUUUGAUAACUUUAACCAAGCCUCAAAAUUCUCAAGUAUAUUCAGAUUCAUCAAGAAUACUGAUCGAUAUUCUGUCAGAACGCACUAUUCACUCGAUUAAAGUCCUGAAUCACUGGGAGUUCGAAAGAUUCUUCAAUGAACUAGUGGGGUCAUACACUGGAGCGGGGAAUGGGACGCCUUCUCUGGAAAAGAAGGUCAGCUAUUUCGAGUUAUCUUUUGUACAUUCAAUAUUGCCAAGUAUUGUACGACAAAUAAGUGGAUUGAAAAAACUCUACGAAGACCUUGCGAAAAAUACUUAUAUGAUGGCUAAUGUCCUUUUGUUGCUAGAUAGAUGCAUUCCCAUUCUCAUAAGAGAAGUAUUUGAUGUUAAAUUGAAAUUCGAGCUAUUUCUGUGCUUGCUGAAUUUGACAAAAUUAGUUAAGCAGGGGCACUCUUUCAAGUGUCUCAAUAAAACCGGCCUUGAUGAAAUUUUUUCGAGCAUCACUCUGAGCUUACUGUAUACGUUCAUUAUGAAUGAACCAUACGAAAGUAUUCCCAUUUUGCCAUCGUUUUAUGGAGCAAUUUUGGAGGAUUUUGAUCUUCUUUGCGACGUUAAGCAUAGCAGUCAUCAGAGCAGUAUGGCAAACUCAGUUGUUCAGUUUCUGUUGCUCAGAAUCGAGGAGAAUUUAGAGUCAGAUGCUAUAUUCUGUUGCCUAAAAUCAUUCUCAAGGCAAUAUGAAGCGGACCACAAGAUUUUGAAUGAAAUCUUUUACACAUUUGACGAUCCCGAUGAUCAAUCCGUGUUUUUUUCAAAGAUUACCACAAAUAAUAAAGAGGCAUUGAUCGAGUAUUUGAGUGGCCAAGAUCUCUUCUUUCAAGCCAAAAAGGAGCAACUUCUGAAAGACAUCACUAGAAAAAUGAGAAUAAAGGAAGAUUUUUCCUGGGGAACUGCUGGAGGUUUGAGGCUGCAAAUUAUUGAACGUAAGCAAUACAGAAUGGAGAACAGCUACUCUGACGCAGAAAGAAAAUAUGCGCUAUUUCGUAACGAUAAUAUUGAAAUUGAUAAGAGACUCGGAGCUCUUUGUGUGAAAUAUUAUGCGAACUUUAUUACUGAUAUGGAGGAAGAUAUAAUAGCCCAUAAUAACCAGUAUAGCGCUAUGAAGUGCCAGUAUAAUUAUAUUUUAGAUUCCCAGUUGAAUAAGCACAUUGAGCUGUUAUGGGGGGUAGAUUCUGUGCAGGACCAUGAUAUGAGAAAAAUUCGACUGGUCCCUUUUCAGUUUCCUCAUGUGGAUAUUGAUAUAGGACCUCCCGGCCAUUCUCCAGAUCAUAAAAUAGAUGAAAUGAAGGAUAAGAAACAGGAGCGGAAGCCAAGUACCAGUCUUUUAUCUUAUGAUCUGAUAUCGGAUUUGGAAUCAGUUGAUCUAGAUUCCAAUGAGAGGAAGGAUCAGAACCGCAAAAUACUCAAAGUAUUGAAAGAGGGAGACUCUAUCAGAAAUAUUUGGAACACAAGUCUUGUAGUGGGCUUGGAUACUAGGGAAGGUAUUUUGAUCUUUGGAGUUCACAAUUUGUACUUUGUGGGGGAUUAUUAUUUUGUGAAAGAAGAAAACAAAGUUCUUGACCUCGUUGAGAUUCCUGAGUCUGAAAGAGAUACAAAUGUCAGUUUGAUAGCAGGCUACUCUCAUGAUCUUAAUUCUCGUAAAAGCAGACAUGAAGUACUAUCAUGGAGUCUUUUAGAUUUAGUAUUCGUCGCAAAAAGACCAUUUUUACUUCGUGAUGCCGCAUUAGAGCUUCUUAUGGAAAACGGAACUGAUUGUUUUUUUAGCUUCAAGAGUAAGGUCCACAGAGAUGAGGUUUAUUACACAUUAGAUAAAUUGAAAAAAAACGAGAAUAUCGAUCCGGUCCUCAAUAACAUUUUGCAGGACUUCAAUGUGAGAAGUAGCAGUGUCGGUUCUGUGAAUGGUAUGUCAAAGUCAAGCUUCCGAACCAAGUUGGCCAAGGCAUUCUCAAAUGGGUCCAGUCUUCUCGAUGGACUAAACGCAACGUCUCAGUGGCAGAGGGGGGAGAUAUCUAAUUUUUAUUACCUAAUGGUGUUAAACACCUUGGCUGGGAGAACAUUUAAUGAUAUCACUCAGUAUCCAGUUUUCCCUUGGGUGAUUGCAGAUUAUUCCAGCACAAAGCUGAAUUUAAAUGAUCCAAAUACUUUCAGAGAUUUAUCAAAACCAAUGGGAGCCCAGUCAAAGAAACGCAAAAUUCAGUUCAUGGAGCGAUAUGAGGCGCUAGAAUCACUAGCGGACCCAAUGUUCCCACCAUUCCAUUACGGGACUCAUUAUUCAUCGGCAAUGAUAGUUUCUUCAUAUUUGAUAAGGCUCAAGCCUUACGUGGACUCCUUCUUACUUUUACAAGGUGGGAAAUUUGGGCAUGCAGAUCGUCUUUUCAGUUCUAUCCACCGUGCUUGGUCGUCUGCAGCAAUUGAAAAUACUACGGAUGUGAGAGAAUUAACACCAGAGUUUUUCUUCCUUCCUGAAUUCUUGAUUAAUAUUAACAACUAUGACUUUGGGAAAGAUCAAAAUGGCAAUGCUGUAGUUGACGUUAAUUUACCGCCUUGGGCUAACAAUGACCCAAAGAUUUUUAUUUGGAAAAACCGUGAAGCUUUGGAAAGUCCAUAUGUAUCUUCUCACUUGCACUUAUGGAUUGAUUUGAUUUUCGGAUUCAAACAAAGGGGAGAGAAUGCUAUAACUGCAAUGAACGUAUUUAAUAGCUUGAGCUAUCCUGGCGCGGUCAAUUUAGACACUAUAAGUGACGAUAAUGAAAGGCGGGCGGUCACCGGAAUAAUUCACAAUUUUGGACAAACACCGCUCCAGAUUUUUGAAGAGGCCCAUCCUCCCAGACAGUUUCUUGGCACUAAAAUGAUACAUCCUGGGCUCUGGUCUGAUAUAAGUCGUGUCCCGUCAGAAACUCAAAUAGGCGAUAAGGAUUCUCCUGCAAGGUAUAUAAGGCGAUUUGAAACCGCUGACGGCGUGGUACAAUGGAAGUGCUGCCCUUUCCUAGAUGUGACGAUAGGUUCAGGUUCUGGCCCAAUACUUUUGAGACGAGACCAAAACUGUGGUUUAGAGAUAGGUGGUUACUUGUACAAUUAUAUGCAUUUUGCUCCAAUAUCUGCAUUCUCUACUUGGAAAGAAUGCGGGUUUGUUACAGGGGAUUCUUAUGGAUUGAUCAAAGUGUGGGAAUACUCAAGUGACGCCGAGCAAUCUAGUGUGGUACAUUUGGGGACAUUGUAUGGACAUUUAUGUGAGAUCAAAGAUCUCAAGGCGAACGAAGAGUGUAAUGUCCUAUUGUCGGUGGAUGCCAGUGGUCUUGUAUAUCUUUGGGAUAUGAUAAGUUAUCAAAUAAUCAGAAAGAUACCAAUAAAAGGUGAGCACGUUGCACUUUCGGCCAAUAACGGAACGAUCGCGGUUGCAACAGCAGAUAAUCACUUAUCGAUAUAUAAUUCUAGUGCAAUGCUUUACGCAGAUGUUGAUUUUUCAAGGGAAAGCACGAUCUCAUGCCUUAAUUUUAUGAAUUUUUCUCCAUUUGAUCUAGGUUUAAAAAGACACAUUUACUGGAAUGAAAAAGAAGUUAUAGUAGUUGGGUCUGUGGAUGGGAUGCUUCGAGUUUAUGAGUUGGUUAUAAAUGAUAAGUCCCAGUGGGCCCUACACCUUCUGAAGAAAUUUGAAACUGCAACGAGAAAUGAAAUCACUUGUAUCGCAACAAAAUUGAAGAUCUGUGCGGUAGACAGCUAUGAUCAAAACUCGAUUGAGGUACCUCAAGUGGAGAUUGUGGCUGGAAGUUCAAACGGUUCUCUUUACCUUUGGCGAUAG